AUGGCUGUGCUCUCGCCGCAGCUGUACACGACAGGUAAGGAGGACACACCUGAUUUCGAUACAACCGCGUCGUGCUCGGCCUGCACUUGGGAGUUGUGGCAGGGAUCAUCAGGUGCCUUUGCACCCAGCAUCGUUACCGCAUCCCAGUACGACGAGGUGAGCACCUACUUCAGCAGCGAACAUGGGAUCACGACGGGAGGAUAUAUCCAGUGGCAGCAGAGUCCCAGCCCAGCGCCAGAUGCCAGCAAGAUGUGCGGCGCGACAUGGGACGAGGCGAGCUCCAAGUGCAGCAAGUCCUGCCCAGGUGGACUGGACGGAGAGUGUGACCAGGGCCAGAAGUGUUGGGGUAGCAUUAAAUCGUGCCCCACCACAAUGAAUCAUUGCGGCAAAGACUACGCCGAUGCCUCCGCAAAGUGCGGCACGGAGUGCCCAGGAGGCCUGGACAGUGAGUGUGACAUGGGCUCGGGGGAAAAGUGCUGGGGCGGCAUCAAGUGCGGAAACUUCUGCGGCCCCGAUUGGUCUGGGGCCAGUGCGUGCGCCCAGUCGUGUCCCGGCGGCCUGGACUCCGAGUGCCCCGAUGGACAGACCUGCUAUGGCAAAAUCUCCUGCAGCACCUGA